GUCGUUGUUGGUCUUUGUAGUUGUUCGCCAAUGAGACGCGGCAAACUAACAAGCGCAAUGGAUCGUUCCAGCUGCCUAAUGCUCUAGUACUCCGUAUACGGAAUACAUAGCAAUGUACCGAUGAGGUACCUAGGCAGCUGCUCGUCCCCCUCCUUCCCCUCAUUCACAAACUGUUUAUCGAAUGACGAGUGUGACAUCUUUCUCGCUGACUACCUGUUACUUUCCGGGCCAGCCUUUCAGUCCGAGCAUAUCCGUCAUUCUCUGCAGAAACACUUGGGGAACAAAAAGGCAAAUGCGCAGAUGGGACGAAGAUUGCCAGAUGCAACUCUACUCCCGGCAGCAUAUCUUCUUAAUCUUAUCCGUAAUACCAUUUUUCACUCCCUCCUCUUCUCAUUCUUAACAGAAAAACCCCUCCAAUAUCUCACGGCCUGUAUUGGGCCAGAACGCUUUCCCCCUUUCUUAUUCGCUGCCUUCAACCUCGUCUUGUUUUUUUUUUCUCUUCCUAUCAGCGACCGCGGCUCCCCGAAAGAGGGAAUCCCACGCCUUGCACAUCGUGAAGAUCCAGAAAGCUACGUACUGUUGGAAGACAGCACCAAAACAGUGACACUGCCUGCGCACUGUGCUUUAAGUGUGUGCGACUGUGCGGCCCUCCUCCACUUCUCCCUCUCCCAUCCACUUCGUUCACUCCCCGUCCUUGUCCAUUGUCUUGCUUUUGUGUCUCUCUUCUUCCUAUUGCGUUGCUCUGCACCGGCACUGUGGAAUCCACGCUGAGAGCGGCCACCAACAGAGACAGAGAGGAGAGACUGGACGCCAUACGCAACAACAGCUCCCCGUCAAACCACCACCACUUCCUCCCACCACCGCACUCGUCGCUGCGAAUGGCCUCCCGCUGAAAGGCCUCUCUUCUCUACUAUUCCCCAUUUCGAUUCGACAGCCCUUUUACCACGUACCACCUUCGUUGACCCUUCUACCGACCUCGUCCUCCGGUCGCUAUCCCGCCUUGACGCUACCUCUACUCGCUUUCCUUUGUUUCGACACACCAGGCGACCCUGACCCUGAUCGUCCUGCCCAGACCU